AUGGUGCAAGAUCAGAAACCCUGAAUUUUAAUUUUUUUUACUUUCUACAGUUUAUUUUCGACUUCCGUUGCCUCAUUUGGAAUAGAUGAUACAGAAACUUUAAAAUAUAUGAACAUUUCAGCAUCACCAUCAGUAUUUGGAUUUUCAGUAGAAAAAGGAGAAGAAAUAUUUCCGCCUUACUUUUACCCUCGCUGUGAAGAUAAACCAAAGGCGAAUUCAGGAAGUAUUUAUAUGGAUUUUAGCUUAAAUACCUUAGAAAUUAAUUGCACCAAAAGUAAAAACCCGUUUUAUGUCCUCGGCCCACACAAAUUUAUCAAAGUUGCAAACCCAACAGAAUCAAAGGAUUUCCUGACAAAACAAUUUUUUAAUAUAAAUCCAGUCCCAAUCGAACCUCACCACGAGUUCGCUGUAGCCUCAUGCUUCAAUAAAGAAAUAGUAAACAUGCAAUAUUUAUCCCCACGUUUUCAGGGCGAAUCUUACUAUGAAACUUUAAAUACCAUAAAAACCCUUAAUUUGAGAAAAACCAUCAAAAAACCUAUGACAAUCCUCUUUUUAGUCCCUGACAGUUUUUCACGGCGCCAUUUUUUUCGAAAAUUAACUUCGACCGUAAGCUAUCUUAAUGAGCUUAAUUUUAAUUCUGAAUGGUCAGCUUUUGAUUUUAAGCUUCACAAUAUAAUAGGGGCAGACACCUCAGAAAAUAUGAUGAGGGUAUUCGGACACAAAUGGGUCUCAAGAUUUUUAGGCAACCAAGAUGUAGAUUUUUUUAAGGAAGAAGCUAUAUGAUUUCAGCUAAAAAAAUUAGGAUUCAUGACUUUAUGAGGAGCUGACUCGUGCCCUCAUAAUGUCCCAAAAUCAAUGGGGAGGAUCCCGCAAGUUGACCAUUGUUUGUCAUCAUUUUAUUGUGCAUUUUAUAUAUAUGGGGAUUAUAGAGCUGCGAAGCAGCUCACAACAAAGCAAAGAUGUAUUGGGCCACACAUGUCCCAUUACUAUUUAAUGGAAUAUUCUAAGGCUUUUAAUAAACUUUAUCCAAAUGCAAAUCAAUGGAUUUAUAACCAUUUUGAUGCAGCUCAUGAAGGCACAGGCCAACAUGCCCAAGCCUUGGAUUAUGAUUUGAAGGAGUAUAUUAAAUAUUAUAUAGAAAAUGUAAGUAAAACACAUGAAGUUGUGAUAGUAAUGGCUGCAGACCAUGGGAUGAGGUAUGGGGAGUUUUUAUAUGAUUCUGAUUCUAUUCAAGAGCAUAGGCUACCAGCUCUUUUUAUUGUGGCCAGAAAUGAAUUUUUGAAGUCUAUGGAUGCGCAGGAUAAUUUACUCCACAAUACGCUUACUCUCCCCCAUCCUUGAUCGAACUACUCGCCAUCGUUCGAUCAAGGAUGGGAGUUAAAACAAAAUUUUUUUGGGAAAAAAAAAAUUAUAUAUAAAAUAAAAAAAAUAUAUAUAUACAUUUUUUAUUUACUUUUAAAAUAAGAGGGUUAAGAGUAUUUAAUAAUUAUUUUUACAGCAAUAAAUUGAAUUAAUUUCAUAAAAUGCCAAUUUUAAUAUUUUGAUUUAUUAGUUACCCUUUUUUAAACCGUAUAAAUUUUAAUUUGUUCCUUAUUGAAUUAAUUUUUGUUUUAAAAAUUUUAAAAGAAUCUCUCUUUUAUUAGAUUAUUGAGUUUUUUUAAGCCUAGGUUGAUGACUAAAUCACUUGGUGGUUGAUUUCGCAGCUUUCUGUCGUCUCAAAGCUCUGAAAACAACUUCAUUAGGUACAUCUUCCCAAGCUUUUGAUUACUAAUAUAUUUUUAUAUAUAUAUAAAAUUGCAUGAUAUUAAUUUCCCUAAUUUUUAGUAAUUUUUACAUUCAAUCGUUCGAUCAAGGAUGGGGGGGAGUUAGGUUAAAUUCUAAGCCUGAUCUUAAGGAGUCCAUGCUGUUUUUAGCACAUUUUCAAAAUAUGCUUUUAAAUGCUCAAUAUAUGUAAGGAUAAAUACUAUUUUGAUAACAUAUUAUUAAUUUAAUAUAGGAUAAUUUAGAGUUCAAAAGCAAAUAUCCACAGUUUUACAGUCUAUUUUCUCAGAAAAUUCCUGAUGGUAGAACUUGCAGAGAUGCAGAAAUACCAAUAUGAUAUUGUUCCAGCUAUUUACCAGAGCCUAUAAAUAUUAGAUCUUUUGAUGAUUUUUCAGAUGUUACAAUGACAUAUAAAGAUAGAGAACUUAAAAGGACAGUAAAUAAAAUAACUGACUCAAUUGUUUACUAUAUAAAUUCUGAAGUUUUUACAAUGAAAAAUGCCAAACUGGGAUCUUUAUGUAUGAAAAUUAAUUUAAAUGAAAUUAUUUAUGCAGGAUAUAAAAAUAUCAAUGGAGAUACUCAUUUAUUUAAAAUAAUGUUUACAAUAAUGGAAAAUAAAAGAGCGCAGUAUGAUACUUGGAGUAUGGUUUCUUUUUCUAAUGAAAUUAACCAACAAUUUGAGACUGACAAGCCCUACAUUGAGCCAAUUGCUUUUAUGGGGCAAAAAAUGCAUUUGCAGAUUUUAGGUGUAAUAAGAACUGAUAAAUAUGGAGGGGACUGUGAAAUGGCUGCAAGGGAAAUUGGGAUAAAUCCUCAAUUUUGUAUCUGCAAUCAAGAGUUCUAUAGAAAGCUUGAUUAG